GGUAGGCGGAAAAGCGGCAGUGUGCGUCUGUAAGUGCAGAUAAAGCCAAACCGGGUGUUUUUAUUAAGAGGGCUCAUACAGGGACAGCAUUCGGGUUUGGUUCCGGGCCUGGUGAAAUGGCGGUUCCUGCGGGUCAGACGGACGUCCAGAUGGACAGAGGCGACCUGAGCGGCCAGACGGUUCCCCCCGAAAACAACAUAGACAUCGACGAGAAAGAGUUGGAAAACAUCACAAAGAAACACCGAGAAGAAGACACGGCGACGCUGCCUCUGCAUUCCCCUUGGACGUUUUGGCUGGACAGGUCAUUACCGGGCACCACAGCUGCCCAAUGUGAAUCCAACUUGAAGAAGAUCUACACAGUGCAGACCGUUCAGAUGUUCUGGAGUGUAUACAACAACAUCCCUCCAGUCACAGCCCUGCCUUUGAGGUGUAGCUAUCACUUAAUGCGUGGAGAGCGGCGGCCGCUGUGGGAAGAAGAGAGUAAUGCAAAAGGAGGUGUAUGGAAGAUGAAGAUACCAAAAGAAAACGCUUCUGCAGUUUGGAAAGAAUUGUUACUCGCUACUAUUGGGGAGCAGUUUGCAGACUACUGCGCCUCAGAUGAUGAGGUGGUUGGUGUCAGUGUUAGCGUCCGAGAUCGGGAAGAUGUUGUACAAGUGUGGAAUAGAGAUGCAUCUCUUGCUAACGAAGCAAAUAUCUUGGGAAAGGUCUAUGAGCUGCUUCCGUGCAUAUCUUUUAAAGCUGUUUUUUAUAAGUCUCACAUGGAACAUCAUGCCUUUGAGGGAGGACGCUCAAGACAUUAGAUUCUACUGCACUUUUUUUUUUUUUUUUUUUUUUUCCCCCUCCUUUUUUUGUUUGUUUGUUUUUUAACCUGAACUCUGUUCCUGCCUUGGCAUAAAGGCACUGUCCACAACCUAAUCAAGGAUAUUAUUUUGCUUUCAACAAGGGAAAGUUAUCAAUAUAUUUUUAUAACUUUUAAUGACUGAUGCCUUGUUUCAUUUAAACAUGGGUCCUUAAAGCUCUGAACUCUUCAGAGAACGUGUAUCCAGCAUAAAUCUCAUCCAGAGUUCAUUAGUUCACGUUGGUUUUGCCUUCCUGCUACACUGAACUGCACUGCCACGCUCCUGUCGUCUGCACAGACCGUGGACCUCACAACUUAUUCCUGGUAGAGGUAGCAGCUACUUAAUCUAGAUGGUUUCAGCUGUUGAAUAUGUUAGAUGUCUGCAUUUGCGUUAUGUUUUUAAUCAAGUCAGCUUUUUCAGUGCCAAAGCACGUUUCUGCCAUUUAAGGAGCUUUGUAUCUUAAUAGUGACGGUGUUGUCUUUAAUUCAGCUGGACUUUUUCCACUUGGAUGGGGCGACUGUCCCAUUUGGUUUCUUCAAACUUCAUCAAGUGUGCAUCAAACUUAAAUCAGGGUAACGCUUAAAAGAUAUUGCACAUAGCUACCAGUUCCAAUCACAAUGUCAUUUAGUUAUAAAGCCAUCAUAUAGCACAGCUGUGACACUUUUUUUUUUUUUUUGGUUACAGCUUUGUCCUGUAAGGUGCCUCUGGGAAUGCUCUCAUCACACCCCAUGGCUCGGCUCUGUAGUAUUUGUCUCGACUUGUUUCUCCUACCAAUAAAUCCAGUAGUUUGCUUACUGGACUGUAUCCAUAAAAAAAUACCACAGAGGGAAAACUGGCAGCAUUGUUUGCUUAGAAGAGUGCAACAGAAGGUCAUGUUUUUUCCCUGAUUUAGCAUUGUGUGUAAAAAGAAAACUCGUCAUAAUGAGAAAGUCAAACACGGCAGAUGUGACGAAUGGCGUCGAUCUAGACUGCUGCUGCAAACUGUAGGUCAGACUCACUUAGUUCUGUCCUAUUUAUACCAAUAAAUAUAGAAAUGUUAAACCCCUUUUUUUUUUUUUUUUUUUUCCUCCCCCAAAUCGUGCUCAUUUGUUCUGAACCUUAGAACUGAAUCAGCUUCCUUCACUAACCCUGUUGCUGUUGUUUUAUUGCAAUGUAGGGCUACAGUAAUUGAAAUGCUUUUGGUAUGUCAACACCACUUUUAUAGUUCAACUUUGGACUGGUUGAUAGUUACGGGGCGGUUGGUCCUCUGUAAACAUAUUUUGCAGCGACAUGGACAAAGUAAAUAAAAUGGAGCUGAAAAUGCAGUCUUAUCACUGGGAUUUCAUUUUUGCACAAUACAAACAUCAACGACAGAUCGGUUAAAGGAAAUUAGUGUCAUGUAUAAUGCAUAUUAACAUUCCAGUUGCUCUUUCAUUUUAAUCCUGACUCUUCUUAUACAGGACAUAUCUUUUAAAUACGAUUGAUGACG